GUUACGGCAUUGUGAAGAAGAUACAGUAGGGCCACAGGUGUCGAACUGAAUCCCCAAAGGGCCGUGUGAGUCCAGGCUUCAGUUCACCUAUCAUAGCAAAACAUUGCACAGUGGCACGGUAAGACCCGCCUCAACUGAGCUCUGAUUGGCUCUCUCGGUCGGUCAAAGCCACUGAUUGGCCCGCCGCGCUGUUGUGAGUGGGCGGCGGCAGAGCGAGAAGCUGCGGAAUGGCCGAGUGAACAAAAUAUGAAUUCAGUAGAAACAUUUGAAGGAAUGUAACCGUUGAACUGGUCCUCUGCCACCAUGAAGAGAGUCACACUGUUUGUCAACGGCUCGUCCACGAAUGGAAAGGUGGCGGCCGUAUUCGGUUCCAUGGAGGACGUGCUGUCUGUGGCCAGCGUGAAACUGGGAAUCAGAGCCUCCUGUGUUUACAAUGGGAACGGCGGCCUCAUCGAUGACGUCACUUUAAUCCGAGACGACGACGUUCUAUUUGUGUCCGAAGAUGAUGAACCUCAAGACCCCCGUGUUGCCGACCACACUCACACGGACUGGCUGACGCUGAACGUGGGCGGGCGAUGCUUCACCACGACCCGGAGCACCCUGGUCAGCAAGGAGCCGGAGAGCAUGCUGGCCCACAUGUUCCGCGAGAAAGAUGUUUGGGGGAACAAACGUGACUCUCGGGGAGCCUACCUGAUUGACCGCAGCCCGGACUAUUUCGAGCCCAUCCUCAACUACCUGCGCCAUGGUCAGAUGAUCAUCAACGAUGGCAUCAACCCGCGGGGGGUUCUGGAAGAGGCCCGCUUCUUCGGGAUCGAGCCGCUGGCAGAGCAGCUGGAGGCGCUGAUAAAGGCCUCACAGCCGCCGGAGGACCACUCCCCUCUGACUCGGAAAGAGUUUGUCCGCUUCCUGUUGGCCACCACCACCAAAUCGGAGCUCCGCUGUCAGGGGCUCAACUUCUCAGGGGCGGACUUGUCUCGACUGGAUCUCCGGAACAUCAACUUCCGGCUGGCGAACCUCAGAGGAGCAAACCUGAAGCACAGUAACCUGAGCGGCGCCAACCUGGAGCGAGCCGACCUGUCCAACGCCUGUCUGGACGGUGCAAACCUGCAGGGGGUCAAGAUGUUGUGCACCAACGCUGAGGGGGCCACGCUGAGGGGCUGCAACUUUGAGGAUCCUGCCGGGGGGAAGGCCAACCUGGAGGGGGCCAACCUGAAGGGCGUGGACAUGGAGGGGAGUCAGAUGACUGGGAUCAACCUGCGAGUUGCCACACUGAAGAACGCCACGCUGAAGAAUUGCAACCUGCGUGGGGCGACUCUGGCCGGGACUGACCUGGAGAACUGUGACCUGUCGGGGUGUGACCUUCAGGAAGCCAACCUCCGCGGUUCCAACGUGAAAGGCGCCAUCUUCCAGGAGAUGCUGACACCGCUGCACAUGUCGCAGAGCGUGCGGUAAACACAGCUCACGUGUACGGUCACAUGAUCUGCCUCUCGGUUGUGUCUGUGCGUGGGAGUGAAGGAGGAGUGGCUCAGAGCUCACGCCAUCUCAGUGGAAACAAGCUUGUGACUUGCUUCCAAAGUGAAUGAGUGCGAGGUGUUUGAAUUGAAGCGGCCAACCUGCUCCGCCCUACAGGGGGCACCAACGCAUCCUCAUGUCUGGUUUGGCGCAGGUUUUACGUUGGAUGUCCUUUCUGAGGAUGGCUCUGGACUGGACCGGGAAUUUGGCUUUUCUCACCUCCCUCCUUCCACCUGAGGGGGUGCUGACCUCACAAACAUGGACACCAGGGUCCGCAGGUCGCCGGCUAUGACCCCUUGGAGUGAAUCAGAACUGGGUGCUCCGGUGUUGGAGCUUCAGACACCAAACCUCAGAUGUUGUUUAACUCGCGAUUGUGAUGCUAGUCAAACUCAACAGCUGCUGUUUUGAUACCAGUGGUGUUGUCGGCAUGGUAACCAGAGGCCUGUUUUGUUGUUUUUUUUUGCCUGCCGCUGUCUUCUCCUGCUGAUGGUCAAUAAAGUUUUUAUUCAAAGUCCUGCCUCACAGCCUCAACUCCCGGCCCAGUGUGUGUGUGUGUCUUGCUUCAGUUAAAAACACAGCCUCCUCCCUCAUAAAACUCUCAGACACCACAAGCUCUGGAAUGUUGAGUUUACAUGUGCAGCUUUAUUUGUCCAACUGGCUGCACACACUCUCUCUCUGUCUCUCUCACACACACCUGCCCACAGAAGCUAGCAGAGAAGGGGGUGUCAGUCAUUUACAUAUAUUUACAUUUCGUGUUUAUGUUCAUAUGCACGCUCUCUCACACGCACACACAUUCGGCCAGCAUCAUGCUGCUGUGGAACCAAAAAUAGAGCAGGACUAUGAGCUGGACUGGGGUUGCAGCUGAGUU